AUAUGGUUCCACUUCCCGGUUAUAGGCAGUCACACUUUGGAAAGUGAUAAUUAAAGACGUCGACGAUCGGCUAACAAAAUGGAAGCAUUUCCAACGACUUACGAUGCCAGGGACAGGAUCUGGAGCGGAUCAAAGCGCUCUCCAAUCUAUAGUGAGGAAACUUCCUUGGGAAGAAUUAUCUUAAAAACUAUGAGAACCUUUCCAAAAAACGUGUGCCAGAUCGAUGAUGUUGAUGGCGUGUCAGUGACCUUUGAACAAGGAAUUUCGUGGGCUAUUCGGAUGGCCCAGCACUUCAAGAAACGAGGUCUGAAACACUCCGAUGUUAUAGGCAUUGUAGCCAGGAACACCACUUACGUAAUGCCUUUGGGAGUGGCAUGUCUUCUCAAUGCAACACCUUUUCACGCAGUGAAUCCGACUAUGGAUGAGGCAACUACCAACCACGUGUUUUCCAUAACCAAACCAAGCCUGAUAUUCUGCGAUGGCCAAGACUACCAGAAGGUCCGGGCAGCUACCAGCGAGUGGCAACCGGAGAUCUUCACAAUCACCGAACCCCUUCCAGGAGUACCGCACAUUGAGACCUUGCUGGAUCCUACUCCGACCGAGUUCUGUUAUCAACCAGAGCCCCUGAAGGAAGGUGGCGACCAAACUGCGGCUAUUUUGUGCUCCUCGGGGACCACCGGCUUACCCAAGGCUGUUUGUAUUUCUAAUCGGUGCUUGGUGAGCCUUGAGUUCUUUAUGAUUAAUAACGACAUGGUAACAUACUCAGCUAGUGGCUUGGAUUGGUACAGUGGCCUGUCCUCUUUCGUCAUGUCUACCACAAUCGGAUGUACCCGGAUCAUUACCAACAAACCCUUUUCUGCCGAAUAUUUUGUCCAACUGGUGGAGAAGUACAAGAUUACCAACGCCAUCUUUCCGCCGCGACAUUUGUCCGCUUUGGUGAACUGCCCGGCGGCCACCAAAGAGACAUUGACCUCUUUGAUAAGUUUAUUUUAUGGAGGAGGAAUCACCUCCAUGGAAACACAGAAACGUCUCCAGGAACUCGUCCCUAAAUGUGUUCUGACAUCCGGAUAUGGAUUUACUGAAGCCGGAGGCGUGACCGCCGUCUUGGGAUUGGGUAGCGGGAACACUGCGGGAAAACCUGUAUCUGGGGUGAAAAUUCGAAUUGUUGAUGACGAUGGAAAGUUCUUGACCUACAAUGAAGUGGGUGAGAUCUGCGUAAAAACUGGCCUACCCUGGAAUGGAUACUACGGAAAUCCACUGGAGUCACGACGCAUGCAGGAUUUUGAGGGAUGGUACCACUCUGGUGAUCUGGGCUACUUCGAUGAAAAGAAUCUACUGUAUAUCGUGGACCGCAAAAAAGAGAUCCUCAAGUACCAGGGCAAUCACUACUGGCCAUCCGAAAUUGAGGCUGCCAUAUCGGAGUUGUCGCAGGUCCAGGAUGUGUGCGUGGUGGGUAUUUAUGACGAGAAGAAUGGAGACUCAGCUGGUGCCUUGGUGGUCAAGAAGAAAGGUGCCUCCGUCACCGAGAAGGAGAUCAUCGACCAUGUGGCCAAGCGACUGCCUGUCGUUUAUAAACAACUCCAUGCCGGAGUUCAAUUUACGGAGGAGCUUCCCGCCAAUCCAAAUGGAAAGACAGUCAAGCGGGCAGCUCGCGAGCAGUUUUUGGCUAAAAAGUCAGCUGCGGCUUAAAACUAAAUACUCUGGGAAAUUGGAAUUUAAAAUACUUACUUUUAUUUAUUUAAUAUUAAUUAUACAUGAAAAAACACAACUAAAUAUAAAUAAACUGAUGCCAAAAUUAAAAUAUCUUACAGAUAAAAGAUAUCAAUAUCGAACUUAAAAAAAACGGCAAGUCAGCAUGAAAAAGCACAAAAAUCGCAUAAAUGUGCUGAUUCAGCAAGAGUUGUUUAAAAAUCUGUUGAUAAAAUGAUAUUAUGGAUUAAGUAAUUGCUAUUAUUUUUUAACAAGUUAUUUACCUAUAUUUUUAUGAAUGAAAUACCUUAUCAGACAAAUAGUAUUGAUAAGACCUGUCUGGGGGAUGGAAAUAAAAACACCACUUACGCAUAGAUUAGCGAUUUAUUAUUUUAUUAGGCUAAUUCGAAAUACUCUAUUUAGAGAGGUUAGAUGAUAAACUACUGACAUUUUCACUGAUGAAAAAUAUGUAGUUUUUGAUACAUUUAAAUAAAAAAUUUACCUUCAAGAGUGAAAGUGCAUUAUAAUUAAUUAAAAAUAAA